GUGUGUGUGUGUGUGUGUGUGUGUGUGUGUGUGUGUGUGUGUUUGUGAGUGUAUUUGGGUAAGGGUGUGUUUAUGUGUGUUUCAGUGUAGGUGUAUGAUAAGAUAAGACAAGCCUUUAUUGUAUCCUUGAGGAAAUGUUUUGCCCAGGUAUUCUAGAGAACACAGGUGACAUAGCGGCACACAGCCUCUCCAUAUACAGACAAUUUGUCCGUAUACACGUGCAAUCAAACUGCAGUUAACAUCCAUUAACACACACUAAUAUAAAAACACUUGAACAUACCCGCCAAGAUAAUUGCAUGAUUCUUUAUACCAAGGUAUUGCACAGAUGACCGAGUCCAAGAUAUUGCACAUUCCCCCUCAAUAAAACCAAUAACGUUAAUAUUGCAAUAGUGCUCCACGCCAAGGGAUGAUACAAUAAAAUGAGUGUUUGUCUCCGCUGCCUGUGUUUGUGUGCCCUCUGUUUGCAGCCCAACUGCCUGUGUGUGUGGGUGUGUGUGUAAUGGGUGUUCCCAGGUGAUGCAGGGAAAGGGGGUGGAGUUUAAUCCUCAGUUUGUGUUUGUGUGCAGUUGAGUGACUAGAAAGAGAACCAGGCAAAGACAUAUACCGGGAGAGUCCUGGCGAACAAAGAACCAGAGAGACAUAGAGACAGAGAGGAAGAGAAGGAAAAGUUAGCUCAGUACAGGAGAGCCUGAACACUCGGAGUAAGACAGAUGAGAAGAAACGGUAUCCAUGGUGUCUACACUUUGCUUGUCAAGGUUUCCAGGAAGCUUGCAGAUUUCUACCAGUCUGGACUUGCUGAGCAGAAGGUGGACCCCUCACCCAUGAAAUCCACGUGGUACUGCCCUCUGGAUCUGUCCACAGUCGCUGAGGAAGAGGAGGAUGGAAUCAUCUACACCGUCGUGGUCAAACAACAUCCCAGCACCCCCAACAGGUCACUGUCCAAAUCUGUCUCCCGUUCGCAGUGCGUGAAGGCGGGGACGGAGGAGAAGCUGGUGCUGCACCUCCUCCACUCCUUCGCCAUGGGGGACUCCUCCUUCAUCGCCGUCUUCCUCUCCACCUUCCGUUCCUUCACCUCCACCCGGAGGGUCCUGGAAAUCCUCAAAGACAGAUUGGAAAACCCACCGGGAGACAAUGCAAGAAGCCACACCAGACAGUCUUUCAACGAGGCAGUAUGCAUGGUGUUCAGCACCUGGCUGGCGGAGUACCCAGAGGACUUCCAGACACUGGGGGACCCCACCUGCCUGCUCCACCUCGCCCCUCUGUUGCCUAGCGACACGUCGACGGGCGCCGACCUGUGUGCACGAAUCCUGCGCAUCGCAGAGGAGCUCAGCGAGAAGGCCCUGCUGGCGGACUCACGCUCAUGUAAACACCACGGGCGUCACCACCAGAGGGGAUUCACCAUGUGUCAGACUGAGAAGGGUGGGAGAGACAACAAGCACAACCAGCCUCCAGACCCUUCCCCUGAUACCUCCGCAUUUGAACCCGCCAAGUUCCUGGGCUUCCCAGCCGCGCUCAUCGCUGAGCAGCUCACCAAGAUGGAGACGGAGCUGUUUGUGCGUCUGGUCCCGUACCACUGCCUGGGCUCGCUGUGGUCCCAGCGGGACAAGAAGGGCCACGAGGACGUCUGUUGGUCGGUGCGGGCCACCGUCCGUCAGUUCAACCGGCUGGCCAACGUGGUGCAGGCCUCCAGCCUCUGCCCCAUCCACCUGAAGAGCCAGCAGAGGGCCCGGCUCCUGGAGAAGUGGAUCAGCGUGGCGGAGGAGUGUCGCGCCAGAAAGAACUUCUCCUCGCUGUACGCCAUAGUGUCGGCGCUGCGCAGCAACCCUCUGCACCGGCUGCGACGCACCUGGCAGGAGACAGACAGGGAAGCAGUGAGGAGGUACGAGGAGCUGUCGGAAAUCUUCUCGGACAAGGACAACUACUCUCAGAGCAGGGUCCUACUGAAGGGGGAGGGAACGGCGAAGUUUGCGAUCCACGACAACCGAGCCAACAACCGGCGUCAUCCUGGGGCCAGCGCCCAGGGCACAGUGCCUUAUUUGGGCAUCUUCCUGACGGACCUCACCAUGCUGGACACAGCCGUCAAGGACAACCUUGAAAACGGAUACAUCAACUUUGACAAAAGGAGGAGGGAAUUUGAGGUUUUGGCACAGAUCCGUCUCCUCCAGUCCUCCUGUAAGAACUGUGUGUUCUGGUCCGAGCAGACCUUUGUGGACUGGUAUUGGAGCGCGCCAACCUUAACAGAGGAGGAGAGUUACAGACUGUCCAAUGAGAUCGAAGCCCCUAGCGAACCGAGCCCCCGCGUCUACACGCCUACCGUCAUCAUCACAGAGUGCGCCAGUUUGAGCGCUUCCCAGACGAGCCUAGCGAGCGACUGCGAUGCCUCCUUUGACUUCCCUUCUCCUGUCAAUCAACUGCUCUCCAAAUUUGCAAAGCACAUGAAGUCCCCCUCGGUCUCCUGUCUCGACGUGGACACUUCCCCUCCCACCAACGAGUCCAGCCCGGUAUCGUUGACCCCUUCGACGCCCGUCAAAUCACAUCGCAGAUCGGUCUCCUGCGGCAACAACCCGUCCUAUAACAGCCAGGGGUCCGGGCCCGACAUGCGCAUCAUCAGGAUACGGAUGGACCUGCAAGACGGCAACCUGUACAGGAGCAUACUGGUGACCAGUAACGAUAAGACCCCCACUGUGGUGAGCUCGGCGCUGGAGAAGCACAGCCAGGACACCAGGGAGGCCUCCAGAUACGAGCUUAUUCAGCUCCUCCCUGAAGGAAAAGAGCUGAUCAUCCCCGCCACCGGCAAUGUCUUCUACGCCAUGACUUCAUCGAGCGUUGAUUUCCUGUUGAGGAGGAAAGGUGGGAAAACUCUGCUUGGUCCACAGCCAAUCAGCACAGAGACCAGCGCAACGUUCCCUCGAAUCAAGGCCAAGGGGCGGAGACUCGUCCGAACUUUGUUUUGACAUCCAAAGAUCCACCCGGUGUGCUUUUCUCUCUCCGUAGCUCCAUGAUCCACUGCUCUCCUCAGAGUAAUGUCAAGAAUGUAGACGUCCUGGAACAUGGCCUUGUCUCAUAAGCACACAUCUCUAAAGCUAACCAGCCCUGCACUCUCCCCCCCAUGCAAAGCGCUUCCUCUCUCUCCUCUGGUCUACUCAGCCUCCCCUCCAGCAGCCUAUGCCUGGAUCAAGUCUCCACAGGUCGGGACACCAGGAGCUCUGAGCUCCACCUUGCUUUUCCUCACACAGCGCUGACCAAGCAAUGAAUGGGGGCCAGGGGUGAUGGAACCGUUUUGAUAGCCAAUGGAAGCUCUAGAUGAGAAGCUGUGGCUCCGCCUUGUGAUUUUCCAGACCAAUAGCCCGCAGUGGGACACGUCUUAACACGAUGUAGAAAUACAGUCAAUACAGUUUUCCGACAAAGGAAAAAUGACAGACCAUGGAAAGUUAUGACUGGAAAUGGAAAAAGAAAUCUGAUGCAAGCAUCAAUGUGUGUGUGUGUGUGUGUGUGUGUGUGUGUGUGUGUGUGUGUGUGUGUGUGUGUGUGUGUGUGUGUGUGUGUGUGUGUGUGUGUGUGUGUGUGUGUGAUGUCAGGGCAGUGUUUACAGUUAUAAGGAUUGUUUGUAGUUUGUCGUGAGAUUGCUAGUUAAUUGUAAAAAAACUAAAAUGAGCACUGAUGAUUUAUCGUUUCAGAAAUUACGAUAAGGUCAUAAAACGUGUUGUACUCUGUAUGCCUUGAUAAAAGCAAAUGCAUAUAUAUAUGCAAGAAACCUAAAUUUAGAGCACUUUCAAAGCUUGUGUCUUUACCUAACUAUUACAUGUAAUACAGCACAGAAUGAAAAUAAAUCGAAUCAACCAAAACAAGUUGACAGGAAAACACUAAGAAAAAAACAACUAGUAACAUCACCGCUAACAGGCUAACGUUUCCAGAGUUACGUUUCAUCAAAUCGUAAGCCAACGCUGACGUUUGGUUCAUGUUUUAAACUAUGUUUGAUCAGGGUGACCAUGUCUUGACCUCAUCAUUAUAAUCUGGGUCCUCUAACCAAUUACAUCUAUUUGGUUUUUAACGGAACUGUCGAUGCAAAAAAAAACACCUACGCAAAACUUAACUUUUCAGUGCACUUUUUUUUACGUACAACACAAAGCCUCCAUUUUCGAUAUGGUGUUGUGUGUCUCUUCAGUAAGUAAGACGAGCCACACAAUCUUUAAAGCAACCAGCUUACAAAGAAAAUGGAGGACGGUCGUUCUUCCGACAAGUUCCCUCUCAAUGAGUUCUGGUGACCUCUGGUUCGUCCAGCCCCGUCGGAGCCAAUGAGGCCUGCUCACAGACCGAUGGCAGGGGCGCGGUCGGGCCGGAGAGAGGAUUAUGGGUAAUUUGCGAUGGCGGCUUGUAAGCCUAUGGUGUGAGCGCGUUUGCUACACUGUUAGUUGUUUUUAGUGCCUUUCUCCUAUGGGUGCUUAUUUUUCUUGUAUUUGCAAUUGAUUGUAUACCUUCCGUGUGGAUGUGCAGUCAUUCAAAGCGCUGUCCCGACCCACAUCAAAAGCUAUUUAUGCACUACAUAAAGUAUGUCUUAUUUUUGUGGUAAUAAAUUUACUUUUAUAUGAA